AUGAGCAUGUUUCAUGGCGGGUUUUGGAACGACAGAGAUAAUUACGUGGAAUACAAAGUGUCAGAACUAAUUAUACAUCAAGAAAUGUCAUAUGCCAAAUUGCUGAAAGAUAUAAUGGAACAAUUGGGAUUGGUCGGUAGUUCUGAUUAUCCUGAUAUCUUUUCUUGCAUUGGAACCACUCAGUUUAUGAAGGACAUGAAAAUAUCAGACGACAAGGAUGUGCAUUGGUUAUACAAUGUCAUUUUUAAUGGUGUCGCUCAAUGUUGUAGUUUAGUCGUUGAUUGUAGAAAUUGUCUUUCUAACGUAUUAGAUCGCAUGCCUAUUAAUACUUCAAGUUCGAUAGACAAUGGUAUACCAUCAAUUGGUCAAUUUCAUUACUCGAUUGAUGUUACCAAUAUUUUGAGGAAUUUCCACAUUGAAGUGAAUGACAAGUUUUGUGGAAAGAAAAAUUUACAGAAUGCUUUGCGAUCUGUGGCUAUAAGAGAUAACUUUCAAUUUAGGACUAUCAAAUCAAAUCGUGAUGUACUCAUUGUCCGUUUCUUUAUGGACAAUUGCCAGUGGUAUCUUCAUGCUUCCAAGUUUGGGGACCAAGGAAGUGAGAUUUGGAUAGUAAAGAAAUUUGUACAAGAACAUACAUGUUCUCUUGAAAUAGUUCUUAACGAUCAUAGGCAAGCAACUUUUUCUGUUAUCAAGGAGUUUAUUAAGGAUAGGACUAACAUGUUUGGCACUGAUUUGCUUAGUGUUAAAGAUGUUAUAUCCCAUGUGCGUAGAGGACUCGGUAUUAGUAUCAAUUAUCAAAAAGCAUGGCGUGUAAGAAAAUCUGCAAUAAAAGAAAUUAAGGGAUCUCCUGAGGAGUCUUACGCAUUAGUUCCUUCUUUUUGUCACAUGAUUAAGGUGAAAAAUCCAGGUUCAGUUUGCGAUUUUAAAGUUGACAAUCAUGGAAGAUUUCAUUACCUUUUUAUGGCUUUGUCGUCUUCGAUCGAUGGCUACCAAUAUUGUCGACCUCUAAAACCAUGUAUAGGUCCUCGUCAAGACCUUGUAACUGUCUUCGAUCGGCACAAGAGUAUAGUAAAAUCAGCUGAGAAGGUUUUCACUACUGCUUGCCACUGCAUAUGCGCAUUCUACUGUACGAGGCAUAGCGAGGAGUUGUCGGGCAUAGGUUUCUCUAAAUGGUCGUAUGCUUAUUCUCCUUCGUCAAGAUACAAUUUUAUGACAACCAACAUUUCAAAAAGUCUAAAUGCUGCCAUGAAAGAUGCAAUGGAAUUACCAAUUACUUCCAUGUUAGAAGUCGUGCGGAUGAUGUUGCAGAGGUGGUUCUAUAAGCGUCAGAACGAUGUUGAUUUUCAAAUUACUAAAUUCACGAAAAGUGCUGAGAGUAAGUUAAGUGAACAAAUUUCAGCUUGUCGUACAAUGAAAGUUUAUGCUGUCAAUAACGAUAUUUAUCAGAAGCAUUUACCUAAAAAAGGUUAUGUCUCCUCCUACUACUCGAACAACUAUUUAAGUUCCACAUACAGUGGAAGUAUACACCCAUUAGGUCAUCAGUCAAGUUGGAAUAUCCCAGAAGAUGUAAAGAUUAUAAAGAUGUUGCUGCCCAAUGUGAAACGUCCUGCUGGUAGACCAAAGAAGUUGAGGAUUCCGUCAGCAUUGGAAUUUAAAAAACGUGUUAAAUGCAGCCGUUGUGGAAGAUAUGGUCACAACAGGAAGUCGUGUAAAUUUUCCCUUACGCAAUAG